CGAUUUGACCUUUACAAAAAUGUUGCUACAAAAUAAAAUUAAUAUGCGUCAUGUUGGAUUAUCAUUCGCAUUUUUUAAAAUAAAUCUUCGAGCACGUAGUAUCUAAUAAUAAAUGUUGUUUCUUAGACAACGCAAAUUCCUGUGGCAAAAAUGAAAAGAAAACAACACGCACAUACAUUUUUGGACUUAAUUAUCGAAAUAAUAAAAAUAUGAAUCAUUUUGUGGUGAGGAAAACCUAGCAUUAGGUGAAAUUUUGUAUACUUGCAUGAAAGUUCUCGAAAAAGAAAAAUGUAAAAAAUUUCACUCGAAAAGAAAAUCGAAUGGAAAUUAUUGUGGAUUAAUUGUACCAGUAUGGCUACCUUUCGAAAUAGAUUAUUUUCCUGCUUUUCAUUCAUGGUUACUUUAUCAAUUUUUGGUGGUCCAUUUGAUCAUAAAAAUGUGCUUACAUAUCUCUUUCAACGCUCUUGAAAUAGUUCAUCAUAUUAUUUUAAAAAUAAAUCACUUAAAGUCUAUGAUUCUGGAAGCUUUUGAAGGUCGAGAUAAUCACGUUAUUACCAGUAAGAUUGCAAAAUGCAUUUAUUAUCACAGAGAAAUCCUAAAUUUAAUUAGGAGGCUUGACAACAAUUUUUUUAACAGUAUGUUCGGACACUUUGCGUUAACGGGUACAGUGUGUGCCUGCUUGGAGAAACAAAUUUUAGACGGAUAUAAUGUGUACGCCGGUGUUGUACAUUUCAUGGGGUGGAUAUUAGCACUUUUCAUUGGUUGCGUUGGUGGACAACAUCUUCUUAACGCUAAUGAAAUUAUUCCAAAUGCUUUAUGGAUUUCAAAAUGGUAUACGACAGACUUACGACUAAAAAAAGAUUUUCUGUUCAUUUUGUCAGUAUCGCAGAAAGAUUUCUACAUGCGAGCAGGUCCGUUUGGAAUUCUUUCCUAUUCACUUUUUGUUUCGGUACUGAAGGCGUCCUAUUCGAUUUUGUGUCUUCUCUCAUCCUAAAAUUAUAGACACUGACUGGCAGGCCUUUCGAAAUACUUACGUAAAAAAUAAAAAUACCGAAGUGCAAUUUUCAAAAUCAUUAGGUCUGUGUUUCUUUCUCCUGGUCACAACUAAGUAUUCUUCAGGAGUAUAACAUACUAGGAAAAAGUUAUGUUAUAGAUUUACUACCUUCGAUGAAAAUACUUAGAUUCAGAGGUAUUCAGAGGAGAACUAUGACGAUUCAAAUUAUUUUUGAAUCUUUACAUUUUCUUUAAGUGCCUAUUACAGAUAAUCCAUAUAAUACAACAAGCAAACUGUUAGUGUUCACUAGAAUUUAAAUGUUGUUUAAUGUUAAAUUUUUAUUGUAUAUAUGUGUGUACAAUAUUGUUUUACAAAAGGUGCACUUUUAAAAUAAUCUUACAGUCUAUAUAUAAAGUUUUAUAUCUAGUGUUCUCUCUCCACCGUAACAAUAGUACACAUUUUUCAUUUUUAUAAACUAUAUUUUUUGGAAUUUAGCACAAUAAUACAGUACGAUAUUUUUUAAAUUUUUGGAUUAGUUAAACAUGACGCGUACGUCAGCAGUAUAACAAAAAAGGUUGACGUAAGUGGCAUGCCCAACUGGAGCACAAAUUUAAAAAAUCACCGGAUAUUUUUGUUACACUUUUAUUUACAUUCAAGUACAUUGAAGAAGUUGGGUGGCUUGACAAGUCUAGGAUGGAAGCAAAGAGGAGGCCUAACUGCCAGCUAGCUACGGUCAGCUCCCAUAUAAUUAAAAUCCAGAAUCCAGAAUAAUACAAAAAAAAGUCCUUGUAAACGGGAAAGCGCAGGAAGCCAAAUUUGCUCGAGUUUCGAGGUGCCGUGGGUGAUGCUGUCAGUCUGCUUAGCGAUUUUCCCAUAUUUUUGGCUGAAUUUUGAAGAAAACCGGACUUAGAAAAGUUUGUUGAAAUAAGUCUGCCCUCAGUCUCACAUAACUUACCUCGCUCUCGCUACCCUAUGUGUUCUCGACUUCGGCCGUACUUAUUAGACGUUUAAUUUACUUAUGCGUUUUUGUCGGUGGUUUUCGAUGCGUUUGGUGUGAACAGUAACGGCGGGGGGUAGAAAGAAUUUUUUGCGGUAGUCUUUACCUUGCGUCAGCUUUAGGUCGUCGAGGAGGAUCUUCCGAUAAUUAAUUUACCGGUUUUGAUUUUUGUGCAUACAGUAAAGAAUCUUCAGAAUGCCUAAGGUAAAAUCAUCCAUGAAAGACAAAAUCAAAUUAUGGUUAGGGAGUAAUUUGGACCCUAAUUUUCAAUUUCCUUCUUCAACCAAAGACAAUGAGUUAUUCUGCAAAGUGUGUGGAAAAGUUUUUAAGUGCGAAAAAAAACACACUUUGAACAACACUGCAGUGGCGAUGCACAUAAAAACAACAAAAAUAAAUCCAGUAAACAGAUUUUUAUUCAACAUUAGUUCCGACUGAUUUUACGCAAUUUUUGCACCGAUUUAUGCAGGGCAUUUACCGCAGCAAAUAUUCCAUGGAAUAAAGUUAGUUGUCCUGAGUAUAAAAAUUUUAUGCAUAAAUAUACAGGAAGUCAUUUACCCUCAGAAAGCACUCCGAGAAAAAAUUAUUUACCAAAAGAUUACGAUAUGGUAAUUAAAGAAAUUCUAUUGGCAAUAAUAAUAUAUGGAUUAGCGUCGAUGAGACGACGGACAGAUUAGGAAGAUACAUAGCCCAUUUAGUAAUUGGAAAGUUAUCUUCUGAAGAAGCUGGCCGUCCAAUUCUACUAGCUUUGAAGCAGCUUGAUAAAACUAACUGCAACACAAUCUCGAAAUUUAUAAUCGAAUCAUUGGCUUUCUUCUUGCGAAAAGGAACUGAACACAAAAAAGUUAAAUGGUUUGUAUCAGAUGGUGCUUCAUACAUGAUCAAAACUGGUGCUAAUUUGAAGGUGUUUUAUGAAAAUAUGACACACUUAACAUGUAUGGUACAUGGGUUACAUUUAGUGUCUGAAGCAAUUAGACUGAAUUAUCCAGAUGUCAAUGGGAUAAUUAGCAAUGUUAAGAAAAUCUUUUUAAAAGCACCAAUAGGAAUUGAGUUUUAUAAAAAGAAUUUACCAAAUACACCUCUCCCACCUGAACCUGUAUUAACCAGCUUGCUAUGGCCGGACGAUGGCACAGAAUUGAAUCCCGGGAGGAAUUAUAUUGUUAAAAUUUUAUGUUUCUUUUUAUGUACUGGAUUAAUGACAGCAUUAACGACAAUUCACUUUCUUCUUGCAAUUAUAAACGAUGAAGAGUUAAAUACCGAAGAAAUUGCCGUACUUAUAGCAGCAUAUGGUACCUACUACAUGAUUUGUGCAUACAUAAAAAAUCAGCGUCAAGUGGCUCUUCUUCUUCGGGAUUUAUCACAGUUUGAAAAUUUUGGCAAACCUCCUGGAUUUGAGAAAAAGGACAAACAAUUAAACCUUUGUGUCAAAAUGUUAGUUGCAUAUUCAUUUACGGGCACAGUUGUAUACAGUUCUAUGAAGUUAUUUGAAAAAGGAAAGUGUAAAGCAUUUCAUUUAGAAAGGAAGUCGAAUGGAAACUAUUGUGGUCUAAUUGCUCCAUUUUGGCUUCCUUUUGAAAUCGAUUAUUUUCCUGUAUUUCACUUGUGGUUACUUUACGGUUUUUUGGCUGCAUGUUUGCUUCUAAAAAUGUGUCUGCAUAUUUCUUUCAACGCUUUGGAAAUAGCCCAUCACAUUAUUUUAAGGAUACACCACUUAAGAAUCAUGUUUUUGGAAUGUUUCAAUAGUGGCAGCAAUCAAAUUAUUCGGGUAAAACUUGCAACAUGUGUUCUUUAUCACAAAGAAAUUCUAGAGUUGAUUAUGAGACUUGAUGAUAUCUUCUUCAACAGCAUGUUUGGCCAUUUUGCUUUAACUGGUACAAUAUGUGCUUGCCUGGAGAAACAAAUCGUGGAUGGGUAUAAUGUAUAUGCUGGCACUGUACAUUUUAUCGGGUGGAUUUUAGCCCUAUUUAUAGGAUGCGUUGGAGGACAGCACCUUCUGAAUGCUAACGAAGUUAUACCAAAUGCUCUUUGGAUUUCAAAUUGGUAUACGGCUGAUGUACGAAUAAAAAGAGAUUUUCUUUUUAUUUUAACAAGAUCACAUAAAGAUUUUUACAUACGAGCAGGUCCAUUUGGAGUUCUUAGCUACCCACUUUUCGUUUCGGUGCUGAAGGCGUCGUAUUCGAUUUUGUGUCUACUCUCGUCCUGAAAACGUCUUGAUAUUUGGUUGAAUCAAAAUUAAUUUACACUGCAAUU